ACUUCCAACACACAAGAAAAGAUAAAAUGCUGCAAAUUCCGCGGUGCCUUCCUUAAACCUUCGACGCGGUCAUCGUGCAAUCUCGCGUGCACCACUAUUGUCAGCGUGGUGGUGCAAAUAUAUGCAUUUAGAUCGCGUCGGUAUAGAGAAUUCGGUCAUAAUUCGAAUUGUUUGAGGUCCUCUGCGUUUGAUCGAAAUAUGAACAUCUUCUCCAAAAAACCUACGGCCAAAGAGGCGCUUCGGCAGAGUAAGCGAGAAAUGACCAAUGCUACUAGAGGCAUAGAGAGGGAAAUUCAUACAUUGCAAUUAGAGGAAAAGAGGCUUGUAGCUGAGAUAAAGAGAACUGCUAAAACUGGGAAUGAGGCAGCAACCAAAAUUCUUGCACGCCAAUUAAUCAGGCUUCGCCAACAAAUAGCCAACUUACAAGGUAGUCGAGCUCAGAUGAGGGGUAUAGCGACUCACACCCAGGCAAUGUCUGCCCAAACUUCUGUUGCGGUUGGUAUGAAAGGUGCAAGUAAAGCUAUGGCAGCAAUGAAUAAGCAAAUGGCCCCUGCAAAGCAGGCAAAGGUUAUCCAGGAAUUCCAGAAGCAAUCAGCACAAAUGGAUAUGACUACUGAAAUGAUGUCAGAUGCCAUAGAUGAUGCUCUGGAUGAUGACGAGGCUGAAGAUGAAACUGAAGAGUUGACCAACCAGGUGCUGGAUGAAAUUGGUGUGGAUGUUGCCUCACAGUUGUCAGCUGCCCCCAAAGGAAAAAUUGCUGCCAAGAACACAGAGGAUGCUGGCAGUUCCAGCAUUGAUGACUUGGAGAAGAGGUUGGCUGCUCUUAGAAAUCCUUGAGCCGCCGCGUGCAAAUGUUGAUAAUAUGCUCUGAAUUGAUAUCCGGUGCUGCUUCCUUCAGUUUGAAUCUCUUUCUAUUUUAUACUUCUGUACAUAAUUCUCCUUGCUGUUAAUAUCUACAAAUUGUUUAUUUGACAUUUUGUUGUUUUAUUGUAACAUUUUUCGGCAAUCACAGUGCAAUUAGGAAAUACAACGGACAGGUUCUGAAUCUUAUAUAUUCUAUUUAAAUCUCACAUUGGAACAUUUCUAUCUCCUAUGGAGUCGUUACUGCUUUCUGAAUUCUGUAGGCACAUUCUGGGAAUUGUUCUUUUACUAAUUAAUUCACAUGACAUUCCCUUGUUUCGACCUUCACUGAGUGCAGUUACUGGAAUCUGCAGAAAAAGCCACUUGCAAUGAGAAUUUUCGAGUUGUUUUUCCCUUACAUCCUGUCCUGAUUAGCAUCAGAAAAGUUCAGCUGAAAGGUGGCAUAGCCGAACGCAUGUACUAAUAAACUGUGAUUGUGUAGCAUAACAUCACGUGAAGACUAUAAUGCCAGUCACUUGAGCACCUUCCAAUCCACUCGAAAGACACCUCGGGAAUUGAUUCAUGUGGAGUAGGAAAUAACUCAAUUAACAUAUAAAAGUGGAAAAAUACUAAACCGCACAUGUUCAUGAGAUCGAGUACGUUCAGUUCAGACUCUAGUAUAUUUAUACUUUGUGGCAUACAUAAACAGCAUUAUUACAGCCAAGGUCGUCUUGUAAAAAUGAAAAACUGCCCGCAGAUGAAACCCAUCACUUCCUUGGAUGAGCAUAAAAUGCGUUGCAACAGUAAGAACUAAACAAAAACUUGACAAAUACUGUUGGAAGGGAGGUUGGAUGAGGCGACAAUCGUGGCGGGGUGCAACAUAUUUCACAUUUACAAGGGUAGCAAUGAAAGCCCAAAUUUCCUUAAACAGAUGGUAUUUAUCCACUUCAAAUGACUUUU